AUGUCAUCGCUAUGGAUCAUCAACAAGGCAGGCGGCCUCAUCUACCAAUCCGAGCACUUCAUUCACCCUAACGCCGCAUCCAUGCCCAACAACGGCCGUCUGUCGUCCAACGAAUACCUCGUUCUGGCAGGUACCUUGCACGGCAUCCAUGCCAUCACAGCCAAACUCAAUCCGGUACCUAAUCGGAAAUGCAGCGGAAUCGAGAGCUUGGAUUCGGAUCAUUUCACCAUUCGCGUGAUGGUCACUUCGACAGGAACCAAGUUUGUAUUGGUUACUUCUCCCGCGCAUCCGAAUCCGGCUGGCGUGCUGCAUCGGUGCUACGAGGCAUACGCGGAUCACGUCAUGAAAAACCCUUUCUACACACCAGAGAUGCCAGUCAGGAUCGAAACGUUCGACAAGGCCAUCGAGACACUGGUCAAGGCAUGA